AUGGAAGACGCCGAUGACGAAUUAAAGGAGCAUCUACGGCUGCAGUUCCAAGCCUUGCAAGAGAAACAGGCUGCGCGUUUCCAGAAAAGAUUACAACAAAGAAGAGAGGUCGAACUGGAAAAAGCCAGUUCAAAUCCAGGACUUCUCACCAGUCAGGACCAGCAGGAUAUCUCAGUGGUGGAAAGUGACCCGGAUGGACUAAAAACAAGAGUGUUGCAGAAUGAGAAUGAGGUAUUGCAGGAGCAGCUCAGAGAGCUGAGGGACGAGAACGGUCGGCUCUACAAACUGCUGAGUGAAAGAGACUUUGAGAUCAAGCACUUGAAGAAGAAGAGAGAGGAAGACCGGUUGGCAUUAGUGGGCACUGCAGGCAUAGCAGGCGAUGCUGCAGCGACCAAGAUAGUGGAGCUAUCAAAGAAAAAUCGUGAGCUUGUUGUUGAAAUUGAACGAGAAAGAACCAAAACCAAACAAAUCCACAACAGAGUUAAAGAGCUAGAGAGGGAGGAGCACAGCCCACUGGCAAAAACCCUGCAGGAGAAACUGUCCACAGCACAGCUGAAAAUGACAGAGUACCGUAAUCAGAUUCAAGCAUUAAAGCAAGAUCUCAAAAUAGCACAUAAGGUUUUAAUUAGUGAGGUCGGUGAGGAAGUCAACAUCCAGCAGUUGCUGAGCAGUCCUGGGAACUGGCGGGGACGCGCCCAGCAGAUCCUGGCCCUUCAGACCAGGGUGCGUGAGCUGGAGAGGCAGCUGGGCCAGUCCAUCCGUGUGAAGCAGCUGUGUGACCUUAGCAUGGAUGAGGAGAUGCUGGGACAUGGAGAAAUGUCAGGGAAUCAGGACAGAAACCUAAGCCACAUCCGCUCCAUGGAAAGAAAGAGGAAAGAGAGCCUAGAGAAGCUCAUGGCUGAUUAUGAAGCUCUCCUUGGAGAGCACUCUGGCACAAAGAAGCAGCUGGAGGGCUCAAGGGCCCGGAAUAAGGUCCUCAGCACAGAGAUCAAAGUCCUGAAAGGUCAGGUUUCCACCCUGCUGGACAAGGGCAAACAUGACGAUGAACUGGUGGAUGCCUUACUGAAGCAGCAGACCCAGCUGCAGUCAAUGCUCGGUCGGUUCAGUCAGAAGGACCAGGAGCAAGGAGAGGCCAAGAAAGCCCUGGAGGAGCAGCAACACAAUGAGGUGCAGGGGCAAAACUCUCUAAUCCAGCAGCUCAAACAAAUGGUCUCAGAGAGGGAGGCCAAAGUCCUGGAGCUGGAGCAGGAAAUCCAACAGCUAGCUCUCAGGAAAGAAGAUUUUAGAGAGGCUGAGGUGAAUUCUGGUUCCUCCAGAACUUCGACAGGCAGGGAGGAAAACAACAGGAGAUCCACCUCUGGCCGGUCCAUAUCUAAACUCGGUCACAAGCUCGUGGAGUCUGCCCCAGCUCUGUCUUCAGUCAGAGAGUCCAGGCCAGACUCACAGUGUCCUGACUGUGCUGCAAAAAUGGUUCAGUGCACUGAGUACAAGACCCUGUAUCAGACAACUACUGUAGAGAGAGACCGACUGCUAGAGUUGACGAAGGUGUACCAAACCAGGGAGGAAGAAAUGAAAGAGCGAUGCAUGGAGGUGGAGCAGAAGCUCCGAGAGGAACGACGGCGUGCUGUGACCCUGGAACAGCAGCUGGAAAACGCUAAGCUUAAUUUGGAGAAAGGCAUGACUUCACUGAAACCUGGCAGAAGCCAGACAGGUGUGACCUACAGCAGCCUUAGUCUCCCAGAAAGACAGGAGUCUGUGUCUCCUCACAGAGCCUCUGAUGUGAGUCAUGACGCCCAGCUGAGUGAACUAAGCUCACAACUUGCCAUCCAGCGGGAAGAGAAUGAAGCUCUAAGGGCUACACUGAGGAGCACCCAACAGGAGAAAGAGGAAGACCUGCAGCGCUAUCGCCAAACGAUGGGCCAAGUCAAACAGAUGUUCCUGCAAGCUUUACAGCAGCACAUGAAAGAUGGCGCUAGCCCAGGAUCUUAA